AUGGCCAAUACCAGCCCUCAAUUCAAACAGGAGAUUCAGCAGAUGAUGUACAUUGCCGGCGAGACCCAGGACACCUCCGACGAGACGACAACCCUCAUUGAGAGCAUCAUUCACGGCCAAGUCGUCCACAUGCUCACCACAGCCAACGACCUCGCCUUGCGCCGCGGCGCCCGCCUCUUCACCGUCGCAGACCUCAUCUUCCAGUUCCGCCACGACACGCCCCGCGUCGACCGCCUGCGCACCUUUCUCACCUGGAAAGCCAUCCGCAAAACCGUCAAGGAUGCCGACGACAAGGACGCCCUCGCCGCCGCCGACGACGAGCCCGACGUCGACGACACCGCCGGCGCCUCCGCCAUCAAGGCCAUCCCCGCCGUCCACCUGCCCUGGGACCUCGCCUCCUUCUUCGCCGAGCAGCCGCCCGACUCGGACGAUGCCGCGACGGCCACGGCCGCCGACGCCCUGACGAGCGGCGCCUCGCUCGAGAAGCUGCGCCGCGACGACGAGCGCACGCGCAACAUGACCGUCGACGAGUACGCCACCUGGUCCGAGUACCGCCACGCCUCCUUCACCUGGCGCAAGAUCAAGCGCUUCCGCGCCUGGGCCGGCCUCGGCGUCAUCGCCGACCACCGCGCCGGCGACGACGUCCUCGACGUCCUCGGCUUCGUCACCUCCGAGAUGGUCAAGCGCCUGACGGCCGAGGCCAUGGCCGUGCAGGCCCGCGAGGGCCUCGGCGUUCGUGUCGUCGCCGUGGCGGCGGCGGCGCGCGAGAAGGCGACGGCUGAGGGGCUGUUUGGCGGUGCCCGCGGGGAGAGGGAGGCUGUUGCGGCGCGGCAUGUGCGCGUUGCGUUUCAGAGGUUGCAGUGCGUGCCGAAGAAGAGGAGGGCGCUGCUUGUUGGGACGAGGCUUCCGAGGAGGGAGGAGCUGCAGCUGGUGAGAUGGCUUUCUGCUGAUAGGGCUGGCGUCUGGCUAACGUGA